UGGCAACCCUGGUCUAGACUUAUGACAUUUCAUGCGUGACUGGUAUCUGAUGUCUACUAAGGGCCAGUUCUCGCUGUUGCUCUUCUCUCUGCUGAGCCAGCUUAACAAUGUGCAUGCUUGGGCCUAGCCCUAGGCUAAACUAAGCCUAGGACUAGCUAAAUCAGUCAGGAAGGUGGACAGAGUUUUUCCAUUGUUAAUAUCUUCACUUUUGUACAAGUGAUUGUAAUUAGAUAUGAGCAUUCGUGCAGUGUGGGUCGUACCGUUACCCGGAAUCACAUCAUCAGAUAAAGUUGUUUUCUCAAGAACGUUUAGUACCGUUGAACGCAGAGCAGUGAUUUUUAAUACCGAAGAACAUGUACCAAUUCCGGAUGACAAGGAGUUCUACAGGGCACUGGUAGAUCAGCUUGGUUUACGUCAUCCACAACAACAGUUUGUAGAAUCCAGGGAUAGUUGUAGCAAGGAAUUCCAGAAGCCAGUGUUUGAAUUGAAAACCAAAGAUGGUGCCCUGUGGCCUGUUGUUAUCUUUGAACAGAACAGCUUGCUGUUUUGUUGCCUACCAUUAGUAGAGCAGGGAUGUAAGGCACGUCCACCACUGAUUGACAUUCCAAGUUUAUCACAAGGGUUUUCUUUACUCGUCAACAUGGCAGAUUAUCUUGGACCUGUACCAAGGGAUGUAGAUACAUUUUCACCACAGAUCCAGGAUUUGUUUGUAUACAUUACACAGGCUGCUCCAUUUGGCACACCCAUAAACACAAACCCAGCAACAGUUAGAGCAGUACUCCUCAGUAAGCAGACACCCCAAGUUCCAAGUCAAGGCUUUCAACCAGCAUGGAAACCAAUCCUGUCAAAGGUGAAACCGCAGUUGCAGUUUGUCAUAUCAGAACAAAUACGUGCCGUGCAAUAUGACUCAAGUAGUACAAAGGAUGUAUGGGAUGUCUAUGGCACCGUCAGUUGCAAGGCAGAACUCGAUGGUAUGAUUCCUGAUGUGAGCAUGGCAUUGUCAGUGCCUGCUGAUGCAACACCACUGGAUCAUCUCAUUGUUAGUCCAUGCGUUCAACAGGCAGAUGCACAGAUUAUUGAAGGUGCAAAAAUUAGUGGUAGGAGAGGAAGCACUGCUCCUGUUAUGAGGAAGAUACGGUUCACCCCUCCCCCAGAGAUGUUUACUCUAUGUCAUUAUACAUCAUCAUCCAUCCCUGAGCUCCCAAUACAAGCCUCCUACCAGAUGAAAGGGGAUCAGCAUUCUGUUAAUAUCCUUGUACAACUGAAACUCAACAGUGCAGUCAAGAAUAACUUUGAAUAUUGUGAGGUUCAGUUUCCAUUUUUUAACAGGGGUAUAAUCCAAAAUAUUGAUGCACAGCAAAAUGUAGGAAGUAUCAUAAUAAGCGGCGAUAAACGGCGGAUUGGUUGGAACAUUGGACAGAAGUUCCCAUCACGUUCAUUAGAAGUGUCACUGCAGGCUACAAUCAAAUUUGGUGACAUUGAUGACAGUCAAGCAACCAAUAUGUAUGAUGACCCAUUCUGUGUGGGCUUGAAUUCAUAUGCGCAGAUAUUUUUCAAGAUACUUGAUUACACGCACAGUCGCUGUGACAUUGAUCAGCGGUCAGUUCAAGUUCACCCUUCAACAAAGGUCAAAUUAAGAACAGUAAGGGAGUUUGUCUCAUCAGAUUACAAGGUUUGGAAUUGCCAUGGUGACGCCCAGUCAGCAUUCUCUCCAUCUCAGUUGCCAUAGCAAUGCAGUAAGCAUGCAAAAUAGUGCUGGAUGUUUGUAUUCCACAUAGUCUGUCAACGCCCUGUCCAAAUGUUUACUUGAUCAAAUAUAACAUAAAAGGAAGAAAAACAAAGAAAGCGUCAUUCAUUUUCCAUUUAUAUAACUGUGGGUAGGCACGAACAAACCCAACAGAAAAACAUGUUUGUCAAAUGGUGGAGUAUUCAUUAUUUGAAUCUUAGAGAAAGAUAAUUAGUACUGUUAGUUCAUUUUUCUGUAUGGAAUUUACCUAGAAAAUUUUGGAAUCGUCUGAUUCUGUUUGCCCAUAUGAAGCAUUCCAUCCCAAUAUCAGCGUAUUGUCGCUAAAUGUUAAACCGAGUAAUUAGCAUUAGAAUGUGGUAGUAUCCUAUACUUUAGUACAGGGAGGCAUAAUACUUUUACUCAUAACUUUGUCAAUAGUAAGUCGAUUCCAGUAAAUGACAAUAAGAAUAUAUUCAAAAGUCAAUUUUCAUUUUUUUGGUUAUUAGUGCUUGUUUUGUGAUGGCAAGCCUCGUAUAACAAAUAGCCAUUAAGUCUCAUUUUUCCAUUUGCUUACACGACGUUGUGCCAAUAGCAGAUAGCUACCACCAGUGAAUGUGUUAUGAAUAUGUUUAUCAAAAUCUGUGCUUGCCAGAAAGCAAGAUCAAGAUUUUUUGCAUACAGUGUAUUUUUUUUCACUGAAAAAAUACCUGAAAAUGAUAUAUUUAAUUUUAUAUAUAUACUUUCAAAUAUCUUUAUGUGUAUUGAGUUUUAAUAAACUAAAGACAACUUUUAGAUAAAGUUAUGAAGUGAUCAAUUUUGACUCAAUUGUAGGUAACCAGUACUGUCUGAUAAAAUUUGUUAAUAAAGAUAUAAUCAGGAUCCUAUUAA